AUGGACCUCGACGCUCUGCGCAAGGCGGCCCUCUCGUCCAAGAAGCGCCGCCGCACCCCGCCGCCAGACGCCCCCGACCCCGACGAGCGCGAGGAGGGCGAGAUUGACGACGACCAGCCCGACCCGUUCACCGCACCAGAGCCGCCGUACUACCACCAGCACGACCACGACCACUACUACGACCCGCACUACGCGCCCCAUCACUCGCUGGUCGACCACGGCCGUCCCUCGUCCUCGUCCGCAUCUCUGACCGCGGUCAAGGAAGAGACCAAGCGCGUCAUCGCCGAGCUCCUCACCUGGGGCGUCUCGCCCGACUACCUCCUCUCGAUCGGCAUCUCGCGCGACGCUCUCGAGUCCAGCUUCUACGAGCUCGGCCUCGACAUCUCGAUCCCGCCAGCGCACGCCCCGCCGUUCGCGCCCUACUCGCCCCUCCCUUCCACCUCGACCUCGCUCUCGGCGCACGCCCGCCCGUUCACGCCUACGCCCCGCACCUCGACCUCGCCCGCGCCCUCGGCCGACCUCGCCGCCCUCGAGGCCCUCAAGCGCCAGCAGCUCUUUGCGCGCAAGGCGGCCCUCACGGCCCGCAACGCCCAGAGCGCCCAGAGCUUCGAGAGCGCGCUCGACGACCUCUUCUCGGCCUCGGCGACGGCGUCUACGUCGGCCGACCCGGACUCGUCGACCGCCGAGGCGUCGACGACGCCAUCGACGGUGGCGGCCAAGAAGAAGGCGAGGAAACGCGCCAACAAGAAGCGCAAGCUGUCCGAGGCCGCCGCCGCACCCGACGACGACCACCGCCACGACUCGACGUCGCCUGCGCAACGGACGCACGACCUGCGCGACGCGAUCGACCACACCGAGGAGCUCGUCGACGUGCCCGCCGGCGGGCCUUUUGCCGCCUCGACGUCGUCGACCUCGCCCGCGUCGCGCUCCAUCGCCGCCGCGUCGACGCGUCCGAGCUCGACGUUCUCCAAUCGGCACGCGCACGUCGGCGCUCCAGCGUCGGGCUCGGGCUCGAGCUCGAACUUGCGCACGCGCCCUCUCGCGACCGACUUCGAGGCCGAGCCGGCGACGCGCCUCGCGGGCCCGGGCGGCAGCGGUCACGGUGGCGGGAUCGGGCGCGGCGGCAUGUACGCGGCGGGCGUGAGCGGGACGGGCUUCCUCCCGAGGCUGGCCACGCUCGGCGCCGGCGAGGGCAGCAUGGUCAUCGACCUGUCGGACAGCGAGGACGAUGAGGGCGAGGACGGCGGCGGUGGGUCGUCGUCGCGUGUCGAGGGCGGGCGCGGCGGCGUGCGCGACGGGCUCGACGUGCCGUCCGGCGGCGGGAGCAAGGCCCCCUCGCCGGCGCCGCCGGUCGUCGAUGCGGCCGAGGUCGAGCGCAAGCGGCGCCUCGAGGAGAAGGAGCACGAGAUCGAGCGCAUGAUGGUGCGCAUCGCCGAGAUGGAGCGCAAGAAGCAGGCGCUGCGGGACAAGAAGGGCGCGGCUGAGCGGCAGGGGGACAAGGUGACGCCCGAGGUGGAGGUGGCGGCGGCGGCGGUCGAGGUGACGGGCCAGGCGGAACAGGGGCAGAUGGUUGAACGCGAGGGCGAGGACGUUGCGAGGGAGGACGAGGUGCGCGAGUCGGCGUUGGCGUCGGAGGAGGAGGCGCCUCUGAGGGUCGAGGUCGAUGAGGCGGGAGCGGCAUCGUCUACCGAGGACCGCCUACCAUCGCCACCCAGCUCGGUAAACCCGUCUGUGCAGCCGGUUUUCCGCCCGUACGCCUCGUCGCUCGCGCGGUUCCCGCUCAUCCGCGCGUCUGCCGCCGGCCCGGAUUCUGCGAGCUCGUCCUCGUCCGCCGCCGAGGGCACAGGUAAUGCCGGUCUCGCUUCUUGGGUCGCGCGCAAGCACGGUGUCGACACGAGCAAGCGGCUGUGCAAGGCCGAGGCGGGAGGUGGCACGUGCCACGACGCCAAGUGCAGGUCCGUGCACGUCGCGUCGUUCGAGCCUACCGCCGCCGAGCUCGCCGAGUACCAGUCUCUGCGCCCCUCGUCGCAGCUGCAGAGCACGACUGCGACCCCGACCGCCGAUCUCGCCGACCACGCCGACGCCCACGCCGCCUGAGCGUCCGCCGCUCAUCUCGCCAGCCGACUUGUGCCGCCUCGCCCGCCCUCUCCCGCUUCAAGAUACCCGCCGCCCCUCUACAUGAGCAUCGACCCGCCCUCGAGCGCCCGUCACGCCCCGCCUCCGACUGUCGAGCUCGAGCGAGUGCCGCUCACGCGCUUCCCACGCGUGGCGCCGGUGCUCGCUCGCUCGUCGUCGCCCCCUUUUCUCUCCCUCCUCUCGCCUUUCCAUACCCUCCUCUCGUCCGCAUCAAGAGCAAGGAUACCCUCCCUCGUCCGACCUCUCUCGGGCUCCUUUGUCGUUCCGCAUGACGUGCCAAAAAAAAAGAAGACGCAGUCGCAUUCGCUUCUC